GUAAAGAUAAAAGUGGAAGCAAAAUGUCGUCCGAGUGUACGGGGAAGACCUCAUGGCCGGAGCUUCUGGGAACAGAUGGGAGCUAUGCGGUUUCGGUGAUCGAAAGCGAGAACCCGUCAGUGAACGCAGUUGUGAUUUUGGCUGGAUCUCCGGUGACUGGAGACUUCAGGUGCGACCGGGUCAGAGUCUAUGUUAAGAAAGGAGCCAAAGGUACCGUCGUCGAAGUCCCUAGGGUCGGUUAGACUUGUAUACAGACCACGCUGUAUGAGUCUAUGUCUAUUUAAUAUGAAUAAAAUAAAACUAUAUACAAUGCAUGGUUGAUUGUUGGUUGGUCCAGAUGUAUUUUCUCAUAUGUGUGUGACAAUUUCUGUUCUGGUUACUCGAACGGGUUACUGAUGUCCAAAGUUAUAACUUAUAAAUAAAUGUUUGUAUAACCUAAUGGUUGUGUUUC